AUGGCGGAUUCAGUGGCUCAAAUGGCUUAUGGCUAUGACCAUGAUAACUUACGCCAUGUGGUUAUCACUUCGACUUGCUUUGCCUUCGUGUUGUCUACUACCGCAGUCGGAUUCCGGAUUAUUUCUCGAAUAAUUAAUGGAAGCGGUCUUUUUCUGGAUGACUGGCUCAUUAUAAUUGGGUUGAUCUUCGAAUACGGUAUAUCGAUCGCAGGAGUUGUGUUACUCUACAAUGGACUAGGAACCCAUAUUGUUGAGCUGUCCCCCGAACAGGUCGCUAUCUACCUGAAGACACUGUUUACAGGCUCGAUCCUCUACACCGGCUGUAUUGCAAGCAUCAAACUAUCUAUCCUGAUGCUCUAUCGCAGACUCUUCCCUGUCAAGACCAUGAAAUACGCCGUAAAUAUUGUAUCUCUGAUCGUGAUCAUGUGGGCUGCCUGCGGUAUUCUCGCAGGCUGCUUCGUUUGUAUCCCAACCGAGAAGCUGUGGCACCCCAUGAUAGAAGGUGGUUGCAUGAAUCUGUCCAAGUUUUACUACGGUCUUCAGAUUCCCAACAUCGCAACGGACGCAAUAAUCCUCUUGAUGCCCAUGCAUAUCGUGUGGAACCUUCCCAUCUCCAAGAUUCAGAAGCUGGGUCUUUCUGGGAUUUUUAUCCUGGGAUUCUUGACUCUAAUAUUCGAUAUCAUUCGUUUAGUCGUCUUGAUCAAGCUUUCAACUCAGGGCGAAGACAUCACCUAUAACCAAGUCCCAGCAAGCGUGUGGACAUGCAUCGAGCCCGCUGUUGGAAUCGUCGCGGCUUGUCUGUCAAACAUGCGGCCUUUGUUCAAGGUUAUGCACACCAAGGUCUGGCCUAGACUUCCUAGCCCACAUGCUACCAAUGCGAGCAGUCCCAGUGAUUCACACGUUAAAGAGAAGAAUGGCUGGCUGCAACAGAACCACAGAUCCACCGGAGGAGGGGGUAAUUCUCCUAGUCCUAGGGGUGAAUUGAAUCAAUCGCCAACUCAUAACCAGUCCACCGUGUAA